AUCAGGAGCCCGAGCAUAAUCUCAUAUCCUUAACAGAUCUUCAGUCGACAACAUAAAGAAUCGGUUCCUGGAUGACGAGUACUACGCUACCAAAGACUACAAUAUCUCCGACAUUGAGGUUCCCAUGGCAACUGGGGUGGCAUCUUAUUGCACCUCUGCGGCAACGUUGAAGGCUGGAUGAACGCUAACUCCAAGUAUACGUAUCUACGGUUUGUCACUGGUCGACAUGACUUACCCUCCUACACCAAAGAAUGCGCAGAUAUGCAACGUAACUUCCUCGAUACCCCCCUUAAAGGAAAUGAUCCUUUAGGCUGUUCAGGGGAGAACAAUCUACGGUAUGACACAAGGUCCAGAUGGGAGAUGUUGGGUACAAUAACGCGGCCUGCCGAGACUGCUUGCCUAACGAAAUACGACACUCAAUGGUCUAUCCUUAGUACAAAAUACACUAAAUACUACUUAACUUUAUCCCAGGGUCUGCAAGACAAACCAAGUUAAGAAGAAGGCAAGCUCUCUUACGAUGCUCUCGGAGAUCUAAAGAACUAGCAACUAGCCUAAUUCAUCAGCGUGCCUUUCGCAGAAGAAACCGAGUUCGCAAGUCAUGUCGUGGCACAUCUAAACGUGCCCGCCACUGCUGGUGAAGAAUCGAUAAUAAAGUCAAGCGAUAUCGACCUCUUCUUGACUAUCCGACGCUUAAAUGCCGAGAGUAAGAAGAUUCUCUAUAUCGGCACAUUCGGGGACCCGGUCCCAAUCAGCAAGGGAUGUCUUCGGGUCGGUCUGCGAAAGGUCAACGGAAAGAGUCUCAGACAUCAAAAUCCAUGGCACCCACACGGAGAGGAUCUGUCCACUGAUUACUCUCCACUGGUCCCUGGCGAGGUGUACCAUGUGGAUGUCGAGAUCUGGCCGACAAACGUGGUCAUGUCGCCCGGUGAUCGUCUCUCUUGACCUCGGGUGACACCCAAGGUGCUGGAUUGCUCGAGCACAAUUCAAAGGACGACAGGAGUGAGGAGAUGUUUGCCGGGAACAACCAUGUUCACUUUGGGAAAGACUGUGAGAAUUGGUUGUUGAUGCCUUUGGUUCUGACGAAGAAGAAUGCAUGAGAAGUCCAAAAG